UGAUGACUCACAGUCGAGAGGGUGAACUCACGAUAGAGUCCAAAACAGGUCAGACCAAAAACACCGAAGCAGAAAAGGUACUGAUAGAGAUCGCAGCAAAUAAGGAGGCUCUUCUGGAAAAAGCUGUCUGGAUUAACUUUGCCUGCCAGGUGCGCAGCAGAGCCCAGCAGAACGCGGCAGUGCAGUGUGCGUGUGUAGAGGUGUGUGUGGGCGAGUGUGUGGAUGUGUGUCUGCGUGUGUGUGAGGACGUCCAGCCGGGAACAGAGCUGCUGUUGUAUGAUGAAACUGUUGGAAAAACUGAGACGACAAACAAACCUGACAAACAGAGCAACUCCACGGCACAAGACACAGAUAACAAGGUUGAACACAAAGAGAGCCAAGAAAAGGAAGAGACGGAUGACGAACAAAAGGAGAGAACACAGGAGGAAGAGGAGAGGGAAGAGUGCAGAAACCCCCACAGGUGCAUCAAGAGGAGUCACCCAACCAGACACAGGAGGAAGAGGAGAGUCCAGAGAAUCCUGCACAGUGAUGGACGGCGGGAGAGUGGCACUGAUAGUCAAACAGACAGAGCUGACGCCGUCAACGACAUCACGACAGCAGGUGAACACACAGACAGCACAGGUAGAGUCCCGUCUGCCGGGGACAGACAGCCACACUGUAACUCUCCAGACAGUCAGUCUGACUCCCGAGGCCUCUCUGCAACCCCCACUGUCCGCUGCAGCUCCCGCCUGGCUGCGAAACCACGUCGUGUUCACUGUGUGACCAGCCGGUUGAAGCGACCCCCCGCCCGCCCCGACCCACCUAAACAGACGGAGGGACAGAGCCGGAGCUGCACUGAGGGCGCCACGCCCGUCCCAGAAAAGGAGGUUUCCAUGAAGAUACAGUUACACGCCGAUGCUGAGGCUGUCGCGGCAGCUCCGGCGUGGCACCCAGAGAUCAGAGAGAGGCGGUACAGAUGUUCCAGCUGCGGUAAAAAGUUCUACCAGCUCGGCCACUUAAAGAAACACCAGUUCAGUCACUCAGAGGAGAAACCCUUCAACUGCCAGGAGUGUGGGAAAAACUACACCUCUGCAGAGAGCUUCAGAGCCCACCAGAUGAGUCACCGUGGGGAGCGUCCGUUCUCCUGUCCUCACUGUGAGAAGACCUACGGACUGAAGCGGGACCUGAAGGAGCACAUGGUGCUGCACACCGGAGAAAAGCCGUACACCUGUGAGCAAUGUGGAAAGGCGUUUGCACGCCGCCCCUCCCUACGCAUCCACCGCCUCCUUCACUGCAGCAGAAUGAUCUACACACAGCCUCCGAAGGUGCAGUGCACACUCUGCCCCAAGCUGCUGGCUAACUUCGGCUCUCUCAGGAACCACAUGAAGCUCCACACAGGGGAGAAACCUCACAUCUGUCAGUACUGUGGGAAGUGCUUCAGUCAGAAAGGAAACCUUGAGUGCCAUUUGAGAAUUCACAGUGGAGAGAAGCCAUAUCCCUGCUCCGAGUGCAACCAGAGUUUCUCCCAGAAGCCGGAGCUCCGUCGGCACAUGUUGUCCCACACCGGAGGAGGUUUUCUCUGCAGCUACUGUGGAAAAUCCCUGAGGGACCCGCACAGCCUGAAAUCCCACGAGAGACUGCACACUGGAGAGAGGCCACAUCGGUGCCCUGUCUGCGGAAAAGGCUACACGUUGGCCACCAAGCUGAGGAGACACAUAAAGUCGUCUCACCUGAUGGAGAAGCCGUACAGCUGCCACUGCGGCGCUUCAUAUACUGUGAGACAAAGUCUGCUGAGGCAUCAAGCUCAGCACAGGACAGAGGGAGGAACUCUGGAGGAGGUGGAAGGAGGACACGGGGAGGAGACGAACAGCAGCAAGAAAGACGCUGUGCAGGAGUUAGCGGCUUUAAGCUCCAGUCACCCGAAACCAAUCAGAGGCAGACCCAAAAAGAACUCCCUCCCUCAAGGGGCAGGAGAGAAGGAGGCUGGUGAAGUGAAGCGGAGAAGGGGACGAGGAAAAGGGGAGGAAAAGGAGGUGAGGCAGAUUCAAGAGGAUGAAACCUCAGGAGGGGGAGAUGGAGAGGCUUCAAGUAACGUCCAGCACGCCGUCGUCUACGUCCACACAGACAACCUGUCCACGCCGAGCUCCAACCCUCUGCUCCUCACCUCCGAAAACUCACUGCCCGCAGGGACUGGGCAGGAGCUGGUGGAGGUCGUGAUAUCAGAGGGCGCAGAGCAGUGCAUUGUGGUCCACGGGCAGCAGACUGUAGGGGAGCUGCUGAUCUUACAGGAGGAAGGGAGCGGACUCUGCUCUGUGGCUCAGACCGUUGAGAUAAACACCAUGUAG